UUUAUGGACGACCUGAAAAGUGCAGUGCGUCAUCGUAUUUUGUUGUGUGGACUUUCUUUGUGUUUAAAUCUUGCUUCGCCUUUUUGUAACAUAAAAUUCAAUCGAACGGUAACGAAAUCCAUCUCGUUACAUUGCACGGGAUGCUCGGGGCUGUGGCCAAAUCCAUUUUCAAUUACAACUAAUGUAGAUAAUCUGAAUAUUUGUUCCAGAAGUUCGUUCAGAUAUUUUGUAAUGGCGAAACGCUUAGGUCCAGGUCCACCUGCAGCGAACGGAGCCAGCAAUCCAUCCGGACAGAAUGAGCAUCUUAGAGAGACCAUCAGCGAUGUGUUCCGAUGUUUUAUCUGCAUGGAGAAACUGCAAGAAGCCCAUCUUUGUCCACACUGUUCCAAGCUUUGCUGCUACCUUUGUAUCUCCCGCUGGUUAACCGAACAACGCCGCCAGUGUCCCCAUUGCAGAGCAUCACUGCACGUUUCCGAUCUGGUAAACUGCCGUUGGUUCGAGGAUGUUGCCGUUCAUAUUGAAAACCUGCAACAGAUUUGUCAAAACAUCAAAACUUCCAACUUAAAUCAUCGCGAUCAUGAUCAGUGUCCGACGCAUAAGGAGAAACUAAGCGUAUUUUGCUGGACCUGCAUGAAGUGCAUUUGUCAUCAGUGCGCCCUUUGGGGAGGAACUCAUUCAGGACACACUUUUAAACAAUUAGAGCUAGUCUACGAAACUCAUCUAGCACAGGUAAAAGAAGAACAACAGCAACUCAAAAGCCGUCUUCUGGAGCUGAUAAGCCUGGUACAGGAAGUCGAACAGAAUGUAAAUACCGUUCGUAGUGCUAAAGAUGAACGCGUCAGUGAGAUGAGGACAGCUGUGAAUCUGAUGGCUGGUAGACUCGAGUCACAGCUCAAAGGUAAAUUCGGCACCCUCAUGGACCGGAAAACCUCGUUAACCCAAGAGACUGAACAGUUGGAACACCUACUGCAGGAAAUUGAACAUCAACUGAACAUUUGCUCAAAAUCUCAGCUCAUAAUGAAGUCUGCUGAAUUGUUGAAAAUGAUAAAUCAAGUGCGAACAAAACCGAUGGCUAGUUAUGUAACCGCACCGGUACCAGCUGAUUUUAUUAGUGAAAUUGUACCAGCAUAUGAUACGGGAGUGUUCGUUAUGCAGAACUUUUCAAAAUUACAAAAAAAGGCUGAACCAGUGUAUUCUAGUCCACUUUACGUGAAUGGACUUUGCUGGAGACUGAAAGUGUACCCCGGUGGGAAUGGAGCUAUGCGAAAGGAAUAUCUAUGUGUUUACUUAGAGCUAACUGUGGGAUAUCCGGAAGCAAGCACGUACGAAUACCGACUGCAAAUGAUUCAUCCGAAUUCAUCAAAAAUAAUUCAACGAGAAUUUGUAUCUGAUUUUGAAGUUGGCGAGUGCUGGGGAUACAACAGAUUUUGUCGACUUGAAGCACUAGCCGAGGAGGGAUAUUUAAAUACUAUCAAUGAUACUAUCGAGCUGCGGUUCCAAGUACGGCCAACUACAUUUUAUCAUAAAUGUCGUGAUCAACAGUGGUACAUAAACAAUCUUCUGAGAACACAAGCACUUCACUUAACAGAGAUCAAGACUUUGAGUGAGCGCCUGAAUCGAACGGAAAGAAUAUUGGGACACAAUAAUACGAAACAAACAUCUUCCAUUGUAGAAGAAAUCGCUCCCCAUAAGUCGCACAGUGCAUCCGAUGCCAUUUCGUCAUCUUCGUACAAUAAUCGUAAAGCAGAUAGCAAAUCCGUGAUAAAAUUCAGCUCUAGCAACACAAAACGUCCGUCAAGCAACGAGUCCACUAAAAGUCUUAGAAAUUCUUCACACACAAACUAUGGCCACACAUCUACAGAUGAAUUUAGUGCACUUCUAUUAUCGUCGCUACAAAUGCAAUCAUACAACGCAACCGCCAGGAAUGCAGCACCAUCUUCCAAUGGUACCGAACCUAAACCGAAGUCACUUAUUAAAGUCGGAUCAACUUAUAUAACGGGUGUGCCAGCAAAAAAUGCUCAUCUAUUAGUUUCGCAAUCAUCGCCAAAUUUACAGUCCAACAAUAGCACUUCUGGAACGGAAUCGGAUGAAGAUUUUGUUUCUGAUCGCAACGAGCUUAACAAUACCGAUAGAAGUAAUCGUAAAUUAAACACUGCCGAUAUACAUAUAUCUUAUGAUGAUGCCAGUUCUGGCGACUUUAACGAAGUAGAUGCCGAAGAAAUUUUAUCAGGAGAAAAUGAUGUUGAGUAUGCCGAACUAUCCAUGACUCAAAGAUUGCCAACAAAGCCGAAUAACAAUUCCAUCGAAUCAAGUAAUUCUAUCAGUGCCAGUCAGUCUACUGUUGUCAGCGGUGCAGUAGCAGAGGAUACGACCGCCCUGGACGAAGAACUUAUGUUGCUAACAUUGUUUGAUGAUUCGACUUCUUUAAAUGACAGUAGCUCUUACCUAAGUAACCAAACAAAUCGCACAUCUCUUCGUCAGCCAGUGAUAUCUGCCAGUGUGUUCGAAAGCUUGUUGGAACCACCGAGAUUGAAUGCUAUACCACUAACUGUUCAGGAUUCUGAUUCGACGACGGAGAGCAAUUCAAAUUCAGCUGCUACAACAUCAACUAAUGAAGACGACAACAAUUUAGCAUGGAGUACUCAGAAAUCGUAUGAUCGAUAUGAUCACAUAUUGAAUAAAAUGCAACCAAUGGAGAAUGGUACCGUAGGUGCCGUAUCAGCAUCCAAUGCGUCAAAUGUUCUAAGAUCAAACAAUCGUGUUCCAGAGGACAAUACCCAAGCAGCAGAAGCCAGCUGCUCUGUACCAGUUUCAAAAUCAAACAAUGCAAAUGUGAGGCAUGCUUGUCAAAGCCAUGCUUGCGAUGUGCUCACCUCGCCCACCAGAAAUCGCAAACGGGAACGCGACUGGGAUUCACAAUAUCGAAAUGAUUUAUCCAUUAGCACAAAUAAGAGUAGUUCACCACUCCCCGAAUUAAACUUGGCAGCGGGCUCUAGAAAUUCCAGUUCAUCAAAAAAUUGGGUUGGGAUCUUAAAUCUUGAUACAAGCAAUAUCCCAUCGACUUCUAAGGAUUGUCAUAAGCAUAUUGCGCAUGAUACCAAUUUCUGGACAAACGUAUUUUUCCCGUCGACUAGUGCAAACGGAGCGGAUCAUCAGCAACAACAUUCAAAUCAUGAAAUGGACAAUAAAGCAUUGCUAGAUAUUUACGGAACCGCAUCGUCUUCAGCUAUUGGCAAUUCAACGGGGCCACAGACGGACGCUGGCCGGUUCACUAUGAAUUAUUUAAACAAAUUUAAAAAGAUAACAAAUAAUCUUAACAGGAACAGGGAUUUUAAUAAUGAAACCAACGAAAGCUCGCGGAGUACUUGUACGUCUCAGAAAAACAACAAAAACGAAAGCCUUUCAGACGAAUAAAAUUGAGGUGAAUCCAAAAAGCGAGGAUUUUAAACAUUUAUAUCUUGUCUACAAUAUUUAGCUAGUCUUAAAUACUUAGUGAAAAUUUAAAAACAACAUACUGCAUGAUAUUAUACUCUUUAUUAGAAAAUAUGUUGACUGAGAAUUUAAUCGAUACAAUAUUAAAAACAUUCGGAUACGACUGAUAUUAUAAACCAUCGACUCAAA